UCUCGUAUAACAGCAGUCAUGGCGACAGUGGUCCAACCGCUCACCCUAGAUCGAGAUGUAGCCAGAGCCAUUGAGCUGCUGGAGAAGCUGCAGGAGUCAGGAGAUGUACCGGGUCACAAGCUGCAAUCUCUGAAGAAGGUUUUGCAGAGUGAGUUCUGCACUGCUAUUAGAGAGGUCUAUCAAUACAUGCAUGAAACCAUAACAGUGAAUGGCUGUCCAGAGUAUCAAGCACGGGCAACAGCCAAGGCUACAGUGGCAGCCUUUGCAGCCAGUGAGGGCCAUUCUCACCCACGAGUGGUGGAGCUGCCCAAGACUGAGGAGGGAUUGGGCUUCAAUGUGAUGGGUGGCAAGGAGCAGAACUCCCCGAUCUAUAUCUCACGUAUUAUCCCAGGGGGUGUGGCUGAGAGGCACGGUGGCUUGAAGAGAGGGGACCAGCUCUUAUCUGUCAAUGGAGUAAGCGUGGAGGGGGAGCACCAUGAAAAGGCAGUUGAGUUGCUGAAAGCCGCCAAGGACAGUGUGAAACUGGUCGUGCGCUACACUCCCAAAGUGUUGGAGGAAAUGGAGGCGCGGUUCGAGAAGCUCCGCACGGCCCGUAGGCGCCAGCAGCAGCAACUCCUCAUUCAGCAGCAGCAACAGCAGAACCUGACCGUGCAGCAACAAAACCACAUGUCUUUGUUCCAAAAGAAGAAAAAAUAG